ACAUCCAUUUAUCUUCACUCCUGGGAGUCUUUAGUUGACAUAACCUAGUACCUGUGCUUACCCAACCUACUGUUCUGUAGACAGUUUUCCCAUUGCCUCUGUUCAGGAUUUCCACUCCAGAAUCUUCAGCUAAAUGAGAUCAUGAUUUUGGAAGGAGCUGGCAGGAUGAGUAUCAAUUCCAGCAGCAAUCUACUCCACCAGCAGCCUUCCUGGACAGACGGAUAUUCCACAUGCAAUGUAUCCAGUAGCUUCUAUGGAACCCAGUGGCACGAAAUACACCCACAGUACUGGACUAAGUUUCAAGUCUGGGAGUGGCUGCAGCACCUCCUUGAUACCAACCAACUGGAUGCCAACUGCAUACCUUUCCAGGAGUUUGAUAUCAAUGGGGAACAUCUGUGUAGUAUGAGCCUGCAGGAAUUCACUCAGGCAGCUGGGACAGCAGGACAACUGCUUUACAGCAACCUCCAGCACCUAAAAUGGAAUGGUCAGUGUGGAAGUGACAUGUACCAAUCUCAUAAUGUCAUUGUGAAGACAGAGCAAACAGAUCCAUCAUUAAUGGUAUCCUGGAAAGAAGAGAAUUAUCUUUAUGACAGUGGCUAUGGUAGCACAGUAGAGUUAUUGGACAGUAAAACAUUCUGUCGUGCUCAGAUUUCCAUGAUGACACCUAGUCACCAAUCUUCUGACUCUUCAGAUGCAAAAAAAUCGCAAGAUCAUACCCCAAAGUCCCACACCAAGAAGCACAACCCUCGAGGAACUCAUCUUUGGGAAUUUAUUCGAGAUAUUCUUCUCAAUCCUGAGAAAAACCCAGGAUUAAUCAAGUGGGAAGACCGGUCAGAAGGUGUCUUCAGAUUUUUAAAAUCUGAAGCUGUGGCUCAGCUGUGGGGAAAGAAGAAAAACAACAGCAGCAUGACUUAUGAGAAACUCAGCCGGGCUAUGAGAUACUAUUACAAAAGAGAAAUCCUUGAGCGUGUGGAUGGUCGGAGAUUAGUAUAUAAAUUUGGAAAGAAUGCCCGUGGUUGGAGAGAAAAUGAAAAUUAAAUAUAUCAAGAAAUAACAUUUAAAACACGUGGAUGUAAAUAUUCAAAGACUAUUUUCUUAUAUUUAUGUAUCAAACUGGGGUGAGAAAACAAUUCUACUUCUGUCGGGAAGAAAGAACAUUAUCAUUAUUGGUGUUAAAAUUAUUUUAUUUGAAGUAUGUCCUGUAUGGGGAGAAAAUGUACACAGUUUUCUGUGAUAUAAGUUAACAUUAUAGAAUUAUGAUUAAUUUUCCCUUCUUGUGAAGUUUUCCUCUUUUUUUUUUUUAAAUCAUACAGGCAUAAUGUGAUUUACGAGUCAUAUAAAGAAAGGGAAGGAGCUAAAUAUUAGGGCAUUUAGGGAGUAUGAUAAUCCGCUUUGGAAGGCAACAAUAAGUGGAGGAAACAGUAAAGCAUCUCUGAGCCAAGUAGCCUUCUUCCAUAGUCAGAUGGUUUAUAGCUUUCCUUGGCCAAUACCACUGGUUCCUUCCCGCCUCUGAUUUCUGAGUGUUUUAAUACUUUGCUGGCUUUCAGCUGCUUUUCUUGAAUUAGACAGCAGGUUCCUCUUCAGCUGGCUUAUCCCAGCCACAAGAACAGUGGCUCUGCAAGCUGGCUGUCAGCAUUUAUUUGGAGAGCCCAUUCUACCUCCACCACUGAGACCUUUUUUUGUGGGCAGACAUUUAGGAUCAGACCUUACCUGAUACUCAGUGUCCUCUCUAACCUCCUGGACUGCUGGAAGAGUGUUGAUCUUGGGGACCAAAAGCUGUUGAAGGAAGAUUGUUUUCUGACUGCGAAAACUUAUUAAAAGGCACUGGUUUCCCAGCAGGAAUGUUAUUAAUCCUCUCACCCUCUUGCACUUCAAAUUAAAGCUUUCAAAUCUGUGCCAUAUAGAGCAGUGAGGGGGUGGGCAAGCAGAACCUUUAUUAAUCCCUUGGCAUGAGGAAGCAGUCUCCCCAGCUGUGAUCCUCCAGGAAGGUCAAGUCUCACUUGGACAGAUACUUUCAAAAAACCUUUGAGAAAUGCAAAGCUAACCUGUGUGUAAAAUAUUAGUUCCCUCUGCUUUCCUCAAGUCUAAUUCUAUACUACACUUAUAUUUGUCAUUUGUGCUUGGGAUUCUUGGAGGAAAAUCUCCAUUAACAUAAAGACACUGAAAUUUUAGGGACAUUCAAAUCUGGGUCAGUAUUUUGGGUUCACCUCUAGCAGCACUAUGCAGACACUGAGUGUUCAUCAGCAGCUUUUCCUUUCUCCAACUCACAAAUGCUUUCUGCCAGCACUGAGCAUAUGCAGAAUGUAGGGAAAUAAAAUCUAGAGAAGGCAGCACUUCACCAGGUCACUGAGUACAUGAGAUGUGGGAGUCGAGAAACAGGAUUGUCUUGGUGAUGUUAACAGAGGUGAAACCAAGAUCAAUUUCAAAUUACUUUUUCAGGGAUUGGAAUUUGGAAAACAAUAACAGGGACUGAGAAGUCCAAAUUUAAAAAAAGAAAAGGAAAAAAAAAAGAAAAUCAAGUGUAUUAAAUCCAUCCAAUAUCUAUUUCCUGAGGCAUCCCCUGGGUUUGAAUCCAUAUUAGCUUGAAAUACAGCAAGAUACAGCUGGAGGUUGCAGGAUAUUCUAUUUUUGUUUGUCUUAAAAGGAAAUAGAGAUGAAACCAAGAGACAACAGAAGUAUCAAUAUGAAGGGUAUAAAAAGUGCUUAGCAACAAUUUGUAGGCAAACAUGAGAGCCUAACUUGUUAUCUACACAUGUAGGGCACGUUAAACAAUAGCACCACCUCCUACACUGUGUAUGUGAGAGCUGUCACCAUCAAUUACCCAUACAUGACAAUUUUUACUUUUCAUAACCUGGGUGGAGAGAGCUUCAUCUUAUUUACAAAUCAAAUAAUAAGCCUGUGUACUUCAAAGCAUUUUUUUCUCUCAGUCUAUCUCUUUUUUUUUUUUUUACUGUCUGUGCUAGCCUUGCUUGCUUUUGCAAACUCAAUAAUUUCAUUUUUUAGCUUGAUUUGCUACAUUUCACUUCCUUUAAUAUAAUUUUGUAGUUCAUAUAACAAGGAUCAGGCCACCAGAUAAGAAGAGCACUUUCACUUUGCUCCUAAGACCAUUUCUUCCCCUUACCUGAUGGUUGUUUGUAGCCCUUUGCUCUAUGCUCUUCACACCACCUCCACACCCUGGGUGAAAAUCUGAGAUCAGUGGUAGCAUCACAAAUCUGCAAUGCAGUUGUACUCUAUCUUAGGUUAACAUUUAUCUUAUAGUAAUGGAUUGUAAUAAUUCUUGAAUUUGCUUUCUACUUGAUCUCUCACAAAAUUUCUUGGGAGAUAAAAUGAACCUGCGAUAUAUGCGUGUCACCACUUGGUUGCUGAGCAGCAGCUAAACCUGCUUCUAAAAGGUUUUGAAAGAUAAAACUGUACUUAGAAUCAUUCUGUAUAAAUUGAGAGAGUGUUUACGUUGGGGUGCAGUAUAAAUGGUCUUCCACUGUCACAUCUUUCAGCACAUGGAAAUCAUGCAAGUUUCUGUUUCCACCCUGCAGAACUUUGCAGUGUUGUAGGUACUCGUCAUUCAGCAUUACAAUAGCACUAAGUUGGAAUAGAAGCCAGCCAACAUUUACUCUGUUUUACAAAUCUUUGCCUAAGACAAACACAAAGGACUGUUUAAAAUUACAGUUCUUGCCAAGGACAGAUGCAACCAACCAAAGAGAGUCUUUUUACCAGACCUAAGCAAACGGAGAAAAUGAAGAGAUGAAUUUUUAUGUAAAUUGCUAUUUAAACAAAAAGCAUUUCUGAUUGCUCUUUUAUUUUGUGUUUCAGAGGCUGAGCAAUCAUAUUUUUAGAUGUAUCCUUUAAGUUAGCAGCUGCUGAACUGGUAGCACCAUGUGUAUAGAUUUUUAUUGUACCAUAAUUUUUCGUAUGUAUAAAGCUCUAGAUAGGAAAGUAUAUUGUAUUUAUACAGUCAGAUGCAAAUCACAACGUCAAAGAGUUGGCAUGAGCACUCUCAAUAUUUUCUGCACAAAAUUAGAGCAACUUGCUCUAAAAACAUCCUGAGAAACUGUAUGUAGGCUGUUGAACUACAUAGACAUUAAAAUGUUUAGUUACAUUUUCAUGUUUCUUUCUGCAGCACAUUGCAUAAUUCCUGCUUGCUUCUCACAGCAUCGUCUUCAAUGUCUACGUGUGGAAACAAAUCCAAGUUAGAUAUUUCACUAUUGCCAUUGUAAAUCUCAGCUUGGAGACAAUGUAUUCACAAAAUGGUUCUAAAGACUGUUUCUAUUUUUGUGAAUAUGAUAUAAAUUCAA